AUGCAGUUUCUUCGCUUUGUCAUACUUCUAUUAUUUCUGAAUGAAGGGUUUUCAAAGGUUCUUAAUGUCGGCCUAUUGUGUGCUUACAACAACACGGAUAUUACGCAGUAUGUCGGGUGGAAACAAACUGCUGGCGGUGUGGGUGUGGCUUGGGACAAAAUACGAAAGGAUGGUAUUUUACCAGGUUAUGACGUUCUCAACUUAACGUGGGUGUUGGGUGAAUGUGUUGAGUCAAGAGAUGCUGGUGCAGUGAUUAAUUGGGCUCAGACGGGUGCAGAUGUCGUUCUGGGGCCAGCGUGUUCAGCAUCUGCUGUUAUAUCUGGUACGGUGGGGAAGUACUUCAACUUUCCAAUUGUGGUCUGGGCAGCUACGUUCUCGUCCAGUCUUCUCGAUGUUUCUGAAUACCCAACCGUUAUGUCCUCGACGUUCAGUUCCAUAAAUCAAGCACAAGUAGUAGUUCAAAUUCUCCAACGUUUUCAAUGGAGCGAAAUUGCAUUAGUUUACUACGCUUCCAGAAGUAAUCUGGUACCUAGAUGUGUUCUGGUAAUGACGGAUUUGGAGAAUUUGAUGAACGGCAUUCUCAACAUGACCGUUACAUACCGUCGACAGUUGCUAAACUUCAACAAUGACACAUUUCGGAACACUCUCAAAGCGUUGAAAGACGUGUCACGAAUCACUGUUUCGUGUUUUGAGUCAGAUGAUGCCAGAAGGAAUUAUAUGAUAGCUGUUGCGGAAGCUGGUAUGGAUACAGACGAGUUUGUGUGGAUAAUGAUUGAAUCUCGCAAAACUGGAAUUGCUAAUAUGUGGAAUGGCACGAAAACCAAUCCUGACGGAAAAGACGGAUUAGCUCUGCAAGCGGCGCGGAGGUUCUUUGUGCUAGAUGUGGAACCUUUGAAUUCGACUACUCAGUUCGUUGCUGACGUCAAAGAAAAGAUGAAGCAACAACCGUAUAAUUGUAGCGACUGCACAGACAUCAAUCCAGUAACAUCACAAGUGGGCGAACUUGCCGAUGCCAUGUUGUUAUACGCGCUGGCGCUCAACAGAUCGUUCACUUCUGGUAUAACUAAGCCUACUGGCACACAGUUGGCUCGAUUCGCUGUGGGAUCUUUUGAUGGAUUUACCGGCACUGUUAUUAUAAACCAAAAUUCUUCUCGUGAUCCUGUCUUCUACAUGUGGGGAUUGAACUCUUCCGACCAACAAAUAGUAAUGUUAAGAAUUACAGGCGCGCUUACCAUUGAAGAUGUUGUUAUACGCGAAAUGCAACCUUCCUCUGUAAUAUGGGCUUUCCACGGUGGAUCACCGCCGUUGAACACACCUGCUUGUGGAUUUGAUGGGAGAGCCUGUCCGUUAUCAUUUGUUCAACAGUACUUAGCAAUCACAUUGGCGUCAGUGGGAGCUGGACUAGCACUUAUGAUUAUUGUAGCUGCCGCAAUAGCUUAUGUCAUAAGAACGAAAAGAAUUGAAGAGGAACGUCUGAACCUUCUCUGGCAAAUUCACUUUAGCGCACUAGUAAAACCAAACAUGAAGUCUGGAGCAACAAGUUCACGUUCCCUACAAAGUUCAAUGUCCACCAGUACAAAGUUGACGAUUGAUUCGAAAAGAGACACUGGAUCCCACUGUUUCUUCACGCUAGACAAUGAAUCUGUCGUUGCAAGAAAACACAAAGUUCGGGUCCUAAUGAGCAAAGCUGACUGCGCUGCUCUGAGGAAGAUGCGUGGCACUGACCAUGAUAACAUGUGCCGAUUUAUUGGACUAUGUAUGGAUGCACCAGAACUACUUUCUGUGUGGAGAUAUUGCGCUAGAAGCUCUCUUAAGGACGUCAUCGAAAGGGGCUCGUUGCAAAUGGAUUGGUUUUUCAAAUAUUCGCUUAUACGUGACAUUACUGAAGGUAUCCAUUUUCUUCAUCACUCACAGUUUGGAGCACACGGGUGGAUUAGCUCGUGCACAUGUCUAGUGGACGAACGGUGGCAGGUAAAAAUUGCUUAUUAUGGACUGGAUACUAUCAAAGCAUUGGAGGUCAAAGAGCACAAACGACUUCUAUGGACUGCUCCCGAACAUAUACGCGAUCCUCUGAUGCCACCAUCAAAAGAAGGAGAUAUUUACAGUUUCGCCAUCGUUUGCUCUGAGAUCAUCACGAAACGUUCACCUUGGGAUCUCGAAAAUCAGGAUUACGAUCUCGACGAAUUAAUUUAUAAGAUCAAAAGAGGUGGUCGCUCUCCAAUUCGUCCGUCACUCGAGUCAGACGACGAAAAUAAUGCAAGUUUGUCGCUGCUGGUUCGAGAUUGCUGGAGCGAAGAGCCUGACCAGAGGCCAUCUUGUGAUCAAGUUAAAUCCCUCGUUAGAGGCUUCAAUAGCAAUAAGUCCUCAAAUUUGAUGGAUCAUGUCUUCAAUGUGUUAGAACAGUACGCGUCCAACUUGGAAGAAGAGGUUCAAGCAAGAAUGAAAGAACUGACUGAAGAGAAGAAGAAGAGUGACAUUCUAUUGUAUAGAAUGCUUCCCAAACAAGUUGCUGAGAAACUGAAACUUGGUCAGUCAGUUGAACCAGAGACAUUCGAUUGCGUCACGUUAUUCUUUUCUGACGUGGUUUCUUUUACAACGUUGGCUAGUAGAUGCACUCCUUUACAGGUUGUAAAUCUUCUGAAUGAUUUGUAUACAGUUUUCGAUGCGAUCAUAGAUGAACAUGACGUGUACAAAGUUGAGACAAUUGGCGAUGGUUAUCUCUGUGUAUCCGGUCUUCCCCAUCGAAACGGCAAUGAGCAUGCGAAAGAAAUCGCCGAGAUGUCGUUUAGUCUUCUACGCGCUAUUCGAGUAUUCCGAGUGCCUCAUUUGCCAGACGAAAAGAUAAACAUUCGCGUUGGCUUACAUACAGGAUCUGUUGUCACAGGAGUGGUAGGGAUGACUAUGCCAAGAUAUUGCCUGUUUGGUGACACUGUGAACACAGCCAGCCGAAUGGAGAGCAACGGAAAACCAGGCCGUGUUCACAUCUCCACGGAUACCAUGAAAUUUUUGACAGAAAAAGUCGGAGGAUACAAGACAGAGUUGAGAGGCGAGGUCAUUGUCAAGGGAAAAGGUGCCGUAGAAACUUAUUGGCUGCUGACACCGGAAGAACAGGAAAGUGGAUUGGAAGAAUAG